AUGCAUGAGGUAGCACAGAUCCGGAUCAAGUACCCCAACAAGAUCCCGGGCUCCAUCCUGCUGUCCACAGCCCUGUUUCUCAGGGUCCCCCGGCAGGGUGGUCCCCCAGCCCCUCCCCCACCCUCCAGCAUCCUCUCCCUGCCACAGGUGGUUGUGGAGCGUUACCAGAAGGAGAAGAUGUUGCCUCCCUUGACCAGGACCAAAUAUUUGGUGGCCCAGGACCUGCCCCUCUCCCAGUUCACCGUCACCCUGCGGACGCGGCUCUGCCUGGCCUCUUCCCAGACCUUCUUCCUGCUGGUGAACGACAAGGGUCUGCCCAACAUGGCCAUCACCAUGCAGGAGCUGUACCGGGACCACAGGGAUGAGGAUGGCUUCCUCUACCUGACCUACGCUUCCCAGGAAAUGUUUGGUGCUUCCUCCAGUGCCGCCUCGCGGGAAGUGUCUGGCGGUGCUUCCUCCCUCACCGCCUCCUCCAAUGCCUUGCAGGAAGUGUCCAGCAGCGCUUCCUCCAACACCUCCCCCAGUGCCUUGCAGGAAGUGUCUGGUGGCGCUUCCUCCCUCACUGCCUCCUCCCACGCCACCUCCCAGGAAGCGUCCGGUGAUGCUUCCUCCAAUGACUCUUCCUCCUAG